AUUAAAUCGGCACCGGCAUCACAGUCACACUUCAUGCACUUCGCAGACGUUGCGAUGAAUUCAGUGCGCAAGGAAGAGUCGGGUCUAACUUGCCGGUCUGAGUGCCGUAAAAUGUCGUGAUUUCCUCAGUUGGCAGCGAGGGAUCGUACAGGAUAGACGCUUGGACGGCUAGCGGGAGGGAUGGAGUGGUUGAUGUCAAAAGCUGGCAGAGGGAAAGACAAGAAACCACAGCCAGCGACCACGCCCGAGGAGCCCAAGCUCUUUCUGGAGCCCAAGUAUCUAGGAGCGCAGAUCAUAGACUUCGACAUCCGGGAAGUUGUCCGGUUACCCAAGGGGCUCGAUCACAACGAGUGGCUGGGAUCCAAUACUCUAGAAUUGUUUAACAAUGUUAAUGUUCUAUAUGGAGUCACGUCGAGUGAAGCCUGCACAAAUGAUACAUGCCCUAGCAUGUCGGCACCGGGGAACACGCAAUACUUUUGGCACGAUGACAAGGGCAAGAAACUCAAGGUGACAGCGCCGCAGUACAUCAACUAUGCCAUGUCCUAUAUACAGAAACACAUAACCGAUGAAGCGGUUUUACCAACAAAAUAUGGUCACGUCUUCCCGGGUGAUUUUGAGCAGCUGGUGCAGCGGGUCCUGCGACUUCUCUUCCACAUCACGGCCCACAUCUACCAGGCGCACUUUGAACUCUUGGUGCACUUUGACCUCCACCGGCACCUCAACAGCCUCUUCUGCCAGAUGGUCCUCUUCUCGCAAGAGUUUCACGUCCUCGACGCCAAAGACUACGCCGUCUUAGACGACCUAAUAGAGGCCCUGGGAUUGAACAAUGUGAACUCGAAGACUGCGUCUAACAACGCUAGCGGAAGUGCGUAGCGACCGAGUGCAGUUCAUCUUGGGGUUGUUUUUGUUUUUCGUUUCAUAUAUAGCUCUGUCUGUAGGACACUGUUACGAGGAUUGAGACGUCUUGUUGGUUGGUACCUGGCUCCAAUGUGAACUCUUUAAGACUGCGUCUAACAACGUUAGUGGAGGUGCGUAGCGACUGCGUGCUAUGUCUGUGCUCCAAAUAUUGGAUUGUUUUCAUUCAUUUAUAGCUUAGUUGGUAGAACCUUCUGUUGGCACUUGAGACAUCUGGUGGGUUCUUAAAAGGCGCCACUUCAAUUUUUUUCUCUGGAUUCAUUGACUUACUAUGCCUGUAAGAAUUACUCUGCUCGCCAGAGCCAUGAGGUCUCUUGUGGGUUUAGGCCAAAUUGUUUCUCCGGAUUCAGUGGUUUGAGAUCCGUGCGUGAACAAGAGAGGGCGCUUUUUGAUCCACCUUUGAGAGCCCCGUGGACGGGACACACCCGUUCGCGGUUCGCGUACGUAUAGUGCAAAGUCAUGACUUGGUUUAUUCCAAAUGUUUAGCCAUCAUGUCUUUGCGUGAGCGUCAGGUGUUGUCGGCAAUGCAUUCGAGUGUCUCUCCCAGUGGUCUUCCCAAACUCUCCCUUUCUUGCCAUCGAGGGGGUACUUGUGCACGGAGCGUCAUUGGCAAGACAUUCGAGUGUCUCUCCCAGUGGUCUCCCCCGACUCUCCCUUUCUUGCCGUUGAGGGGGUACUUGUGCGCAGAGCCCAUAGACUCCGUGCAGAAAUAUGUGGCCUGUUGUAGUCGGCCUCUCAUGAAAGACAUGGUUCAGGCACUUGCUUCCUGUAUGUCUGGCACAAAGUGCGUAUGACUAAUCUACAUCUAAAUGUGCAGCAACCUGUCUUCACGUCGGCGCUAGUGGUUGCAGCGGCGUUCAAUGGUCUGUCAUAAAUCUCCUCACCAUUGAGGCGAGAGUCCAUACAUACAGUUGAGCAUCUCUCCCCCAAAUCACCACCCAUCUACUCAAGCUUGGCAUCAAGUGGACUUUAACUGGAGUGAGCUGCGAAGAGAAACAUCUUGGAGAUUAUGAGUUCAACUCGACCAAUACAUGUGUACAAUCUCAUCAAAUUGGCAUUAUGAUUUCAACUCAACAAAUAUAUGUGUACAAUCUCAUCAAAUUGGCAACCAAAUGGCAACCAAUGGAAGCUCAACUGGUGUUGCCGGGGUGCAUUCCAUUUACGCAAACAGCACAGACCGUUAAUACCAACAGUUUCCCAUUGGCUAUGCACACAUUUGUGUGAGUGGAACGCUGUGUGAUAAACAGCAAGAGCAUCUAAGACGUUGGUGGGAUUAUAUUUUCUGCAAUAAAUGGCCCUCUCAUCCUUCAGCGACUACGUUACCACAGCAGGGAAGCCACAUUAGUGUACAGCUGGUAGUUGUUAGUGCAUAAAUCAGGUGCAGAAGUUGUGGUAAUCGUGUAGUUUAGGAACCCAUUCCCAUUUGAGAGAAUGGAAAGAAACUUUUAUGUUUUGGGACUUAAUACCUGAACAUUUGGCGAUGAUACAAGCAGGACAAGUCACUUUAUGUGUUUGGAAUUAUCUAAAUAGUUCUCUAAGAUACCAUGUUGAACAUCAGCUAGCUUAAUUUUGUGGAAAGAGGGCAGGGUUUUGAUUCAUAAAUGGAACUUGUAAAAUAUUAGAGGUGUCCUAAACAACACGAUUACCAAAGUUAUCAUGCUUGGCCACGCAUUAGUUGAUUGUUUUUGCUGCAGCGUUGUACUUAAGAAAAAGAAAAAAUCUAUCUGCUCGAUGCAUAGUUGUAGAGGGCGCCAAACUAGGGCGACAAAAACCAGAUGGCCGCUUUCACCAUUGCUCUAAAGAGUUAGUUGCCAUAUAGCAAGUUUGAGAUAAAACCAUAGAGCUAUAUUAAAUUACUAGAGCGCUACCUCGAUGUACAAAGUAAUGCCUGAUGGGCGCAUCCGUGUUUGUGCACAAAC